GUGAAGAUAAAUCCCAGAAGGGAAGCCCGGGGAAAGGGAGGCAGAGGGAAUGCACAUGGAGGACUUUGGAUUCCCUGUUGCACUGCUAGCAGGGUGCAGCAGGGAUUCGGGGUAACUGGCCGAUUCCCAGUCCCUCAGACACCGCUGGGGCUGUGCCACGGUGUCCCCUGGUCCCAUGGCUAUUCCAGGAGUGGCGUGUCCAGAUGUCACUGCUGUCCCCAGCAGCUCUGGGGAAGUGGGCACACACCUUUCUUCUCCUUUCCCCCUGCAUAACUUGAUCCAGCUGGGCAUCCCGCCCGGCAUCAGUUCCAUUCCCUGUUCACUGGGACAGUCUCCAAGUGUGGGAUAAGCUUGGUUUGUCCCUGGUCACCGUGACACAGCCACAGGAGGUGACCACAGGGCUGGGGCACUGAGGUCACUGGUGGCAAAGGAGCGAGGAGCCCUGGGCAGAGCUCAUCCCACGGGAUCAGCUGAUCCUGAUCCCCCCCCCGCAUGCCAGCUAUCUGGAUAUAAAUCCACGCUGCAGAGCCCCGCGCUCUGUCUGUGUCACUGCCAUGGGACGGAGCUGCUACUUCCUCCUGCUCCUCUUCCUCCUGUUCCCGUGGCCCAGAGCCACCCUGGCACUCCUGAAGUACCGCCACGACUGCGGAGAGUUGGGAAUGCAGCUCCUGGUCUUCCCGCCCCAUGGCCGCACCGUCCGCUUCAAGGUUCUGGAUGAGUUUGGCUCCCGCUUUGACGUGGCCAACUGCUCCAUCUGCCUCCACUGGCUGAACUCCAGGGAGGACGGUUCUGUCAUCUUCUCCUCUGGCUACAAGGGCUGCCACGUCCUGUUCAAGGAAAACCGCUACGUCCUGCGGGUGCAGCUGGAGGAGCUGCUGUCCAGCGGGAUCCCAGUCACCUCCUACGAGGUCAACAUGACCUGCCCCAAGCCAGGUGACUCUGAGAUGCUCCCGGAUGGAAAAUGGGAGCAGGGCCAGGACAGCAGAGUUGUGAUCUCCCACACUGGCCUGCACCAGAUCUCUGAGUCCUCCCUUACCCUUUCGGGAUCCCAGCUCACAUCCCGAGAUCGCUUGGAGCAGGUUCACACCAUGGGACAGUACCCGCCCAGCUCAGUGCUUCCUGGCAUCCAGCACCAUUCCAAUCCGGCUCACUCGGGGCUUCUGUCACAGCCUGAUGGGGUUCAUUCUGUCACCCAAAUCCAGGGAAACUUCAUCCAUCCGGGAGCGCAACCCCCCCAGCCUGGGGAACAAAGCCAGCCAGGGAUUCUUCGCCCAGUGCUUGUAUCCCAAAACCAUCCCAGUGUGGUGCAUCCUGGGAGUCAGAGCCAGCCAGGGCACCUGCGCCCAAGCUUUGUAUCCCAAAACCAGCCUGGGAUGGUGUAUCCUGGGACUCAAAACCAACCAGGGACUCGUCCAGGGUCUGUAUCCCAAAACCAUCCUGGGGGUCAAGAUCAACUGGGGACUCGCCCAGGGUUUGUAUCCCACAACCAACCUGGGGGUCAAAACCAACCAGGGACUCGUCCAGGGUUUGUAUCACAAAUCCAUCCUGGGGGUCAAAACCAACCAGGGACUCGUCCAGGGUUUGUAUCCCACAAACAUCCUGGGGGUCAAAACCAACCAGGGACUCGUCCAGGGUUUGUAUCCCACAACCAUCCUGGGGGUCAAAACCAACCAGGGACUCGUCCAGGGUUUGUAUCCCACAACCAACCUGGGGGUCAAAACCAACCAGGGACUCGUCCAGGGUCUGUAUCCCAAAUCCAUCCUGGGGGUCAAAACCAACCAGGGACUCGUCCAGGGUUUGUAUCCCAAAUCCAUCCUGGGGGUCAAAACCAACCAGGGACUCGUCCAGGGUUUGUAUCCCAAAUCCAUCCUGGGGGUCAAAACCAACCAGGGACUCGUCCAGGGUUUGUAUCCCAAAUCCAUCCUGGGGGUCAAAACCAACCAGGGACUCGCCCAGGGUUUGUAUCCCACAACCAACCUGGCUUGACCUCCACUGGUGCCCAGACUCCAGCAGGAUUCCUGCGCCCGGGAGCUCAGCCUGCAAACCAGCCAGGAAUAUCUCGUCCCAGUUAUCACUCCAACUCCCAAACUGGGUCCCAAGGCCACAAUGGGCUGCUCCAUCCUGGCCAUCCCAGUCCAGCUUUUGUGCACCCAGGACUCUCAUCCUGGCCAGGUUUCAUCAGCCCUGGACUCCAGGCUCAGCCCCAGCCAGGCCUGGGACGCCCAGGGCUGCAGCCCCAGCCUGGAUUGCUGCAUCCUGGGAUUCACUCCCAGCCCAGCCUACUGCAGCCCACAGCGCUCUUCUACCCUUCGGCAGGGGCAGGAAUGCAGCUGACACGGGAGCAGUGCCAGGUGCCAUUGGGCCGGAUGCCGUGCGUGGCUCCACAGGGACGGGAUGGAUGUCUGCAGGCAGGAUGCUGCUACGACGACAUGGACCGUACCACACCCUGCUAUUAUGGGAAUACCGUCACCGUGCAGUGCCUGCUGGAGGGACACUUUGUCCUGGUGGUCCCACGGGGAAUGGUGUCCUCGCCGUACAACCUGGACAGCGUGCAGCUGGCCAGCAGCCAGGCGGGAUGUGAGCCCCUCCAUGUGUCUGAGGCCUUCGUCGUGUUCCGCUUCCCUGUCACCCACUGCGGCACCACCGUCCAGGUGGUCGAGGACAGGUUGAUCUAUGAGAACCAGCUGAUCUCCACCAUCGAGGUCCAGGGAUCCCCCCGUGGCUCCAUCACACGGGACAGCGUCUACAUUCUCAAGGCCCAGUGCAUCUACAACUCCAGCGACCUCCUUCCCUUGGGAGUGGAGGUGGCUGUGCCCCCCACAGCCGCCCCCCUGGCCAUGCCGGGCCCUCUGGGGCUCCAGCUGCGGAUUGCCACCGAUGAAUCCUACAGCUCCUACCACCCUGUGGGUGAUUUCCCGCUGGUGAGGGUGCUCCGGGACCCCAUUUACGUGGAAGUCCGGCUCCUCCAGAAGACAGAUCCCAAUUUGGUGCUGGUGCUGCACCACUGCUGGGCCUCCCCUGGCUCCCACGCCACAUCCCAGCCCCAGUGGCCCAUCCUGGUGGAGGGGUGUCCCUUCCAAGGGGACAACUACAGGACACGGCUGAUUCCAAUGGGUCCAGCCACUCCGGAGCUGCCCUUCCCGAGCCACUACCAGCGCUUUGUCAUCUCCACCUUCGCCUUUGUGGAGACCCCCGGAAUGGCCGUGCUGGAGGGGGAGGUGUACAUCUCCUGCAGUGCUUCCGUGUGCCACCUGGCCCAGCCUGAGCCCUGCCGGCCCUCCUGCCAGCUGGGAGUGCCCUCACGAGUGCGAAGGUCUCUGGGAGACAGGACAACAGGUGACAGCACGGGGACAGUCACAUCCCAGGGAUGCAUUGUCUUUCCUGAGGUUCCCAAGAGAGGGGGAACUCAACACAGAGGCUGAGGGCUCCAGACUCUACCUGGAUGCCGUUGGAUGUCUCUGGGAAAACUGGAAAAAUAAAACUUGUGCAGAGCACA